AUGGCUAUCAUCGUAUUCGUUGCUCUUUGCGUCGUUGCUGUAACAGCGGCGUCACCUUAUCCAGAAUUUGGGCGUGCGGGAAUUAUUGGACCUCGUCCUGAAGCUUCCGUUGCCGCGCUCUUGUACUCAUCGGAUUUGAGUACAUACCGGUUUACUUGUGGCGGUACCAUUGUGUCUAAUAAGGCGAUUCUAACUGCUGCCCAUUGCAUCAUUGGUGACAAUGCUUCGAAAUGGCGAUUCCGCGUUGGUUCGAAUCAAGCUCACACUGGUGGUGUUGUUUACAACGUUAACAAGAUUAUCGUCCAUCCAGAUUAUAACCCUGUCAGAUACGACAGUGACAUCAGUCUCCUGCAUUCUGCUUCUGAAAUCAUUACAAGCUUUACUAUCCGAUCAGCUGAUGUCGCCGGCCCGAACCAUCAAAUCUUGAACCAUGUUGUUAGCUACGUUUAUGAUUGGAUCCAGCCCGUGGUCGGUUCGCAACCACACUUUGGGUUCCAACGUGAAAUAGUAUACAGAUUAGUUAAUCAGGAGCAAUGCAGAAAUAAUUACACCGAUGUUUCUGUGAACAUCUCUGAAAAUAUGCUUUGCGCUCGCCCAGCCAUGAAUCGUCCAGACCAGUGCUCAAUGAGUUCCGGUGGACCAAUGUUUCAAAACAGAUUCGUCGUUGGCGUACAGUCUUUUGGUCUUGGAUGCAAUUUGGAAGCAUUCCCUGAUGUGUUCGUUAGGACGUCAAAAUUCAGUUUGUGGAUUAACGAGAACGCUUAA